AUGGCGCAGAGUCUCGAAUCCAGGCCUACAGUGGUGGACUUUCGUGAAGAAAGCCCGUGGGUGCAGCUAGCCAAGGCCCACUGGCUGAACACGAAGGUCCGUAAGGCCAAACCAGAUGUCAUCAAGAAGCAAUUGUGGGAUCCUUUGGAAGCAGAGGCUUUCAACAGUCGCUCGUUACUGAUCCUUGAGAACUUGAACAUUCUUGAGAAGUUUCUUUGGCCGACUUACACAGAGGAUGCGUCGAAUCAUCAUGUACUGUUGAUUGCGUUGAUUGUCAGCGUGAAGCAUCGCGAGCACUUACCGAUAUGGCAUAUCUUCUCCGACCGCGCCGAUGACUUCUCCAAUCUCUUCCACCGUAUUCUCUCGAUGAGCAUUGAUCAUUCACUUCCGACUCGCUCUAGGCUCUCUAUCAUAUCGUUUGUCAUCAGCGCCUUCCAGUCACUCGAGAACGUCCUGAUCCGCAAAGAAUGCGCGCCCCUCGUUUCUAUCUCGAUCUGGCACAAUCUGGCCAGCGAGGAGGCUAGAGAUCGUAUUAUUGCAAAGGCCCCGACACUGAAAAAGGCAUGGAGAGCCUCUGCGAAGCGAUAUGAGGCUGGAGAUGAGGCAUUGAAAGCAAAGAUGCGCUUCGAACGAUCAUGGCUAUAUACAAUGCUCUUGGAUUUUCUUCAUAGGUUGAACGGACCCGAAAAGGACCAAGCUGAGAACUUGCUAUACUGUGAACGUUUCCUUGAGCUCUUGGUUGAUCUCGAAAGUCAGCUUCCCACUAGGCGCUACGUGAACACGUUGUUGAAGGACCUCAACCUUCUGUCAGUUAUUCGUCUUUCACAGCUCUACCGUGUGCCUGAUAACGCUCUUCUGCGCGACUUCCACGGCCUCCUCAAGCAUUUUGUUGAAUUUGCAAUUGAUGAUUACUCUGGCGAGGCUCUUUCUCCGCAGGGAGUCUACGACCUGCAUUGCCAGGAAUUGGCACAGCUGCAAAGAACCUCAAUGAAGUUCUUCAAGGACAAGCUCAUGAUCCUCGCGCUAUCCAAUAUGGGGUCGAUUGCGCAGCGAGCGGAUCUAGAGGGACAGCUAUCUUCUCUGGACGAGUCGGAACUCCAGAGCCUUUGCUCUCACCUCGGAUUCCGCACAAGCUACCCAAAAUCAUCACAUGUCAUCCCAGACCGUCAAUUCUAUCUGGAAGUUUUGGCAUCUUCCUAUGAACGCAAGGUGCCCUUCCAAGAAGCUGUCGAGAAGUUGAGUCCACUUCCGACGGAAGAAACUCUUUAUGACCCGGCCUUGUUGAGGAAUGAGACAUACGAUGGAUCGAGGCCUCUGGCGAUCCCAAAGUUAAAUCUCCAGUAUCUGAGUCUCGGAGAUUUCCUUUGGCGCUCCUUUCUCCUGUACCGAUCAGAAGCAUUCUUCCAAAUCCGCAAGGACAUGGAGUCCCUUGUCAAACGCAUGCAGCCCAAACCAGCACGCGAUGGAAGCUUAAACUUUGAGGGAUUCUCUCGAAUGGCGAUUCCAAUUUCAAAGCCUGCUAUCAUCGAUGUCGCACCACCAAAGGUCGGGGCGACAAACCCGGCUUUUGUUCGAGCUGAGAUUGCGAUAGAGGUAGGAAGGCUUGCAGAUAAUAUUAGGAGAGAAUGGGACUCACUCCGUCCCGAUGACGUCGUCUAUCUUUUGGCGGUCCAGUCGAGCUCGUCACAGUCGGAACAAGGUGCAUCUGAAGCCCCUCGGAUGACCCAUCUUCGAACUGCCGAGAUCGUACAGGUACUUGACGAGCAAGGCCGCGCAUUGCGCCAAAAUAGUGGCCAGGCAAAUGGCUCUCAGCCCAGGGCACGAUCGAGGAGACUGAUCGUCAACUUGGAUGCGGUUGCAUUCAAAGCCGACAAGGACCAGCAGGCCCACGGCAAACCGGAUAUCUACCCCCUCAUCAACGUGGUUGCACGGAGAAAGGGCAGGGAGAAUAACUUCAAGUCAAUUCUGCAGACAAUGCAGAAGCUUAUUGUCUCUGAUAUGACGCUUCCUUCCUGGCUCCAAGACAUCUUCCUGGGCUAUGGAGAUCCCGCUAGUGCUCGAUACACACAGCUGCCAAACCGACUUACCACUGUCGACUUCCGAGACACACUUUUGGACUGGUCUCAUUUGCUUUGGCCCGCCUACGUUCUUGAAUAUGUUAAACAAGAGCCGGCAGCAGAACCUCAUGCGCCGAAGAAGCGACGCCGGGAACAAGCUGCCGAGACAGAGUUGGCGCCUAGCAGUAUGCGUGUUUCCACAUACAAGCCACCAAACCCUGGCCCCUACCCCGUCGAUACUCCCAAAUUGAACAAAAUCCGAUUCACACCUGCCCAGGUGGAAGCCAUCGCAUCUGGAACACAGCCUGGACUCACCGUAAUCGUGGGUCCGCCUGGUACUGGAAAGACUGAUGUCACCACCCAAAUCAUUAACAACAUUUACCACAAUUUCCCGAAUGAACGGACACUUCUCAUUGCACACAGCAACCAAGCCCUCAAUCAAUUAUUCCAGAAAAUCAUUGCCCUUGAUAUUGAUGAAAGGCACUUGUUGCGACUGGGUCACGGCGAGGAAGAAUUGGAAACUGAUUCCAACUACAGCAAGUAUGGACGGGUCGAAUCCUUCCUUGACAACCGCAAUUACUAUCUGUCAGAGGUGAUGCGCUUGGCGGCAUCAAUUGGGGUCGAGGGUGCGCAUGGAAAUUCAUGUGAGACUGCAGGCUACUUCAACACAGUUUACGUGCAGCCAACAUGGGCCAAAUUCUGGGAUCGAGCCAAUUCCGAAGGAACGUCAAAUGAAGAGAUUAUCGCAUCCUUCCCGUUCCAAUCAUACUUUGCAGAUGCCCCCCAACCCUUAUUCGAAGUAGAAGCCGCGAAGGAGGCGAUCAUUGAUACUGCUGCAGGUUGCGAGCGCCACAUCGCUCGAAUCUUCUCUGAGUUGGAAGACAUCCGACCAUUCGAGAUCUUGAGACAACCCCGCGAUAAAGCGAACUAUCUCCUCGUCAAGGAGGCCCGCAUUAUCGCGAUGACCUCGACCCACGCAGCUAUGCGCCGGCAGGAAAUUGCCGAUCUAGGCUUCCACUAUGACAACGUGGUCAUGGAAGAAGCCGCGCAGAUUACUGAAGUUGAGAGUUUCAUUCCUAACGCCCUGCAAAACAUGAAGAACGGCGAACUUCCUCUCAAGCGUGUUGUGCUCUGUGGUGAUCACCACCAGAACUCACCCAUCAUCCAGAAUAUGGCCUUCCGUCAAUAUGCCCACUUCGAACAAAGUCUCUUCUUGCGACUGGCGCGGUUGGGUGUCCCAGUGAUCAAUUUGGAUAAGCAGGGACGCGCACGACCUAGCAUUGCAGAGCUCUUCCGCUGGCGAUACAAGCAACUCGGAGAUCUUCCAGUGGUCGAAACUGCCUCCGAGUACCAGAAGGCCAAUGCCGGUUUCCAGUUCGACUACCAGUUCAUCAAUGUCCCCGACUAUCAGGGUUCUGGAGAGCGAGAGCCGACACCUCACUUUAUCCAGAAUUUGGGCGAAGCGGAGUACGCAGUGGCCAUGUAUCAGUACAUGCGACUCUUGGGCUACCCUGCUUCUAAAAUCUCGAUCUUAGCCACAUAUGCUGGGCAAACAGCUUUGAUCCGGGAUGUAUUGAGUCACCGCUGUGGAAAGAACCCCAUGUUUGGAAUGCCCAAGAUUGUGACGACAGUGGAUCGCUAUCAGGGAGAACAGAAUGAUUACGUCAUCCUUUCUCUCACCCGGACCCGCAGCGUCGGAUACCUGCGCGACGUUCGCCGUCUGACUGUAGCUCUCUCCCGCGCACGACUAGGUCUGUAUGUGCUCGGCCGACGGGAAGUCUUCGAAUCGUGCUACGAACUCAAGCCCGCAUUCGACCUUCUUCUGCAACGACCGGAUAAGCUCAUGCUCGCGCCUGGUGAGAUGUUCCCGUCGUCGCGGGAAGCCAACGCCGCCAUUGAGGGCACGCCGAUGGAGAGUGUUGAGCACCUUGGCCAAUAUGUGUUUGAAAUGACGCAGGCCAAGAUUAAGGCCAUGGGUGAUGGAGAUAUCACUAUUGAGGAUGCGGCGCCGGCUGGCGAAGAUGACUAUGUGGAUGAGGAUGAGGUUAUGGGGGGCUGA